AUGAGACGGCUCUUUCUCGCCGCGUUCUCUACCCUCGCCCUGGUGGCGCGCGCCCAGGAUCUCUCCGAUGACGAGAUUAGUCUCAUACGAGCUCGCCUGGCCGAGGGCUCGACCAGAAGCUGGGAGAUCGGCACCCGAGCAGAGGUCCUGCUCGAGACCGAUACACCGGACUUUAGUGUCUUCUCGAACAACGCGCUUCCCCCGUCGCAGGACGCACCGGACUCGCUCGAUCGCGUACUCUCUAUCGCGAACGAAACUGUAGCCGACCGCGCUCGCAGUAAUAGCAAUGCGACAGGAGCGCAGCCCCUCAUGCAGGACGGUAGUGCGGGUGAUCCCGCCUCCGUCGGCGUGUCUGUCAUUCUCGCGAAUUGGACGGGCCAGGACGAUCAGGACUACGCAGGCGCCGCGCGCGACCAGCUCGACUUCCUCCUUUACCACGUACCCAGAACCGACGACGGCGCGAUCUCGCACCGUGUCUCUGAGGCCCAGCUAUGGAGCGACUCCGUGUACAUGGUGCCCCCGUUCCUCGCUUACUAUGGCGUCAUAACGGAGAACAAGACGCUUCUCGAGGAGGCGUACAACCAGUGCUCGCUCUACCGCGAUUACCUGCGCGACAAGGAUGCGGGGAAUCUCUGGAAACACAUCGUCGAAGGCUCCUACUCUGAUGAGGGACACUGGUCGACGGGCAAUGGCUGGGCAGCCGCUGGCAUGCUGCGCGUCUUGGCGACAAUACAACACUCUCAAUAUGCAGACGACCUCAAGGACCAGCAGAAGGACCUUGAGGACUGGAUAUUCGAAAUACAAGCAGCAAUGUACGAUAAUCAUCUUUACGACAACGGUCUCUUUGCCAACUACGCCGACGAAAGUGUCGAUGGAUCCGACAACUUUUACGACGCCUCCGGCACUGCAAUCCUCGCCGCCACCGUCUACCGCCUUGCGCUCCUGCGCAACGUUUGGCACUACCUCCCCUCGGCCGAAACUUCGCGCGCGGCACUCUUCGCGACGCAGAGCGGCAACAGCUCCGCGUACGUGCACUUCGACGAUGACGGGUGGCUGACGCCCGUGGUGAACCCACUGUCGUUCGGCGAUGAGGGCAGCAAGAGCCCGGAGGGUCAGGCAUUCGCGCUCAUGCUGCACACGGCGUGGCGGGAAUGGGUCGACAAUGGCAGUGUUGGCGCGAAUGGGUCGGUGCGGAUAGCUUCCGCGCCAGCGCUGCUACUCAUUGGCGCAUGUGUGGUCUCCCUGGCGGCAGCGUUGCUGUAA